CUCUAUCAGCGCAGAAAGCAGAACAACAACCAAAGCAGAAAAGCUUUGCACAGCAGGAAAAGUUCCCUGGGAAGAGAGAGAGAGGACUUCUUUUAUCCUGAAGCAAUUUCUUCGCAUUGCAAUCUCCCUCUGCCAUCGCCUUUAUGGUGCAAAAGGUUUCCCCUUGGGAAGAGCAGAGCACAUUUUCUUUCGUGGGGGUGGCAACGGAAAGGCGAACCUCCAAUCCCAUGACCAGAGAAAAGCUAGUGGCAGCGAGAAAAGAGAGGGCGAAAGCAAUGGAGACAGAGUGGCCGCUGCUCUUUUCUGCCUUAAGCCGUAGAUUCCUUCGAGCUACUGCUCGCUAUUAGCAGCAGCGAAAGAGAGCAAUGAGCAAGAACCAGGAAGUAGCCCACGGCAUUUCCCUUUCCUUUGCUUGCUUGCGACUUUUCUUGUAGCGAUUGUUCCUUUCUUCUUCUUUGUUUCCUUCGCACGCAAAGAAUCGCUCGUCCUCUUGCUCUCCGGCUUGUUCCAGUGCACUCUAGUUCUUGGGUUGCUUGUUCUUGGCUCUACUUUGCUUUUCGUGCGCUCCCUUGUUCUGCUUUUGAGUGGAGUCGCGGUGGAGUUGAGUGAGACGGUGAGGUGAGUAGUUUGGUUUCUUGGGAGAAGAAAGGAGAAGAGAAGGGGAGCAGGAGGAGGAUGGCCGGGGGAGGGGCGGCGCCGCCGCCGAAGCAGGAGGAGCUGCAGCCGCACCCGGUGAAGGACCAGCUGCCCAGCGUGUCCUACUGCAUCACAAGCCCACCGCCCUGGCCUGAGGCCAUCAUACUUGGAUUCCAACAUUACAUUGUGAUGCUGGGCACAUCUGUCAUCAUACCGAGUGCUCUUGUCCCGCAGAUGGGAGGAGGAAAUGAGGAGAAGGCUCGGGUGAUCCAGACGCUGCUGUUCGUCGCUGGCAUCAACACCUUGUGCCAGUCAUUCUUCGGGACUCGUCUCCCGGCGGUGAUGGGUGGAUCCUACACUGUCGUUGCGCCGACCAUUUCGAUCAUCUUGGCUGGCCGUUACAGCAACGAAACAGAUCCUCAUGAGAAAUUCUUGCGGACCAUGAGAGGAACACAAGGCGCUCUCAUCAUCGCGUCAACAAUUCAGAUCAUACUUGGUUUUAGUGGCCUCUGGCGCAAUGUUGUUAGAUUGCUAAGCCCAUUGUCUGCUGUUCCUCUGAUCUCGCUAGCUGGGUUUGGGUUAUAUGAGCUUGGUUUUCCAGGGGUUGCUAAGUGUGUAGAAAUUGGGCUCCCAGAAAUCAUUCUAAUGCUCAUGUUUUCUCAGUAUUUACCUCAUGCUAUUCAUGUGGCAAAGCCUGUGUUCGACCGGUUUUCUGUAAUUUUCACAAUUGCUAUUGUAUGGCUGUAUGCAUACAUUCUCACCGCUAGUGGUGCAUACAAGAAUGCCCGAACGAAGACACAAGUGCAUUGUCGUGUUGACCGCUCUGGAAUUAUUGGUGGCGCUUCUUGGAUAAGUGUCCCAUAUCCUUUCCAAUGGGGAGCUCCAACAUUUGAUGCUGGUGAAUCUUUUGCGAUGAUGAUGGCCUCAUUUGUUGCUCUUGUAGAGUCAACCGGGACCUUCAUUGCAGUGUCAAGAUAUGCAAGUGCGACUAUGAUACCUCCCUCAGUUCUUGGUCGUGGCAUUGGUUGGCAGGGCAUUGGUACUUUACUGGGUGCAUUUUUUGGGACAGCUAAUGGAACUGGAGUGUCAGUUGAAAAUGCUGGUUUACUUGCUUUGACACAUGUUGGCAGCCGGAGAGUAGUCCAGAUAUCUGCAGGCUUUAUGAUUUUCUUCUCAAUACUUGGGAAAUUCGGAGCACUCUUUGCGUCAAUUCCACUGCCAAUAUUUGCUGCCCUAUAUUGCAUUUUCUUUGCAUACAUUGGCGCUUGUGGUCUCAGCUUCCUUCAGUUCUGCAACCUGAACAGCUUCAGGACCAAGUUCAUCGUGGGGUUCUCCUUGUUCAUGGGCUUGUCAGUUCCCCAGUACUUCAACGAGUACACAUCCGUCGCAGGUUAUGGCCCGGUGCACACUGGCGCCCGUUGGUUCAACGACAUGAUCAACGUGCCGUUCUCGUCGAAGCCGUUCGUGGCGGCGCUGGUGGCGUUCUUCCUGGACAACACGAUCCACAGGCGCGACGGCGCGGUGAGGAGGGACAGGGGAUACCACUGGUGGGACAAGUUCCGGAGCUUCAAGACAGACAGCAGGAGCGAGGAGUUCUACUCCCUGCCGUUCAACCUCAACAAGUUCUUCCCUUCCGUGUGAUCUGCAACUCCAGCCUCUUUCUUGGCCAUGUCUCGGACCGAAGACGAAGAAGAAGCGGUCAGUCCAGUCCUGACGAUGUCUGUGGUUGGGUCGGUAAUUUUUGUACAUUCUGUGUGGAACUGGACCUGUCCCGUUCCAGGGGAGAUUUGACAUGUCUGGUUGCAUCUU